AUGCCGAAGAACAAGACCGGUACUAACCACAACUGCCCUGGUCCAAAGGUCUACAAGACCAACUGCCAGGGUCAAUCGAAGAGCACGAGAGGCAAGGGUUACUGCACCACCCAUCAGACCUGGUGUGGCCUCCACAGUAUCGAUAUCGUCCAUUUAAAGAAGGAGUCAUGCACAGCCUGUGAUGGCGCCAAGGCAAAGGCCCAGAAGGAAAAGGAUGCUAAGGAUAAGAAGGACAAGGAAGACCGAGACCGAGCAGCGAAGGAAAAGUCUAAGGCUCAAAGUGAGAAGGACAAAGCUCCUCUUACUAAGAAGAGUCUCAAGCCCAAAUAA